AUGUCCGACGAAGAAUACCAAGACAAAGCCACACCUCCCUCAAGUGAGGCGGAGGUCCACGAUCAAGAUGGCGAGAACGCAGCCGACGCUCCGACAACUCGACGACGAAUGAUACAGCCCAUCAACGAAGCAAUGCUCACCCCCGGCCAACUCAUCAUGAACGGCAAUCUCAGGUUCAUCAAUAACCAGGCUGAGAAAAUAAUUGCGAUGACCAGCGAAGACGCACCACAGCGUCGCAACGAAGUGGUCCCGAACUCAAAAGAAUUUCCCACACAGACAAGAGGCUUCCUGCAUCCGUCAAUCCCUCUGACUUGCCCAUCGGAGAGUACAUCAACUACCAAAACGAAGUGGUGCUUGCAGAAACUAUGGCGAGGGCACUAA